AUGAGUCUCUUCUUUAGUAAGUCUACCCACCUGGACACCCUUAACCAAAUUAAAGCCUCUCUCGGAGUCCAAGAAGUGAAGCAAUGUGAGAAAUACCUAGGUUUACCUACCCUAAUCGGGAAAAACAAGAGGGCAAGCUUCAGGUACAUUAAGGAAAGGGUUUGGGCGAAGCUUCAAGGGUGGAAGAAGCAGUUCCUCUCUCAAGCAGGCCAGGAAGUGCUUCUCAAAGCAGUCAUCCAAGCAAUACCAACUUAUGCCAUGAGUUGUUUCAAGCUCCCAAUCACUCUUUGCAAUGAAAUAGAAUCCCUAAUUAAGAAAUUUUGGUGGGGGCAGCGAGGUGAGCAGAGGAAAAUCCACUGGUCCAAGUGGAGCACCAUUUGUAAACCAAAGAGUUUGGGUGACAUGGGCUUUAGGGAUCUUCAAAAGUUUAACGAUGCGAUGCUAGCGAAACAAGUUUGGCGCUUGCUAGCAAAUGAGGACUCCCUGUUCUACAGAUUUUUCAAAGCCAAAUUUUUCCCUACGAGCAGCAUACUUGAGGCAAAAGAAGGGAAUGGGUCUUUUGCAUGGAAAAGCAUCCUUAAGGGCAGAGAGAUUGUCCAACAAGGCAUGUUUUGGAGAGUGGGCAAUGGUUCAUCAAUUCAGAUUUACCAUGAUAAUUGGCUGCUUGAUCCUAGUCUCAAGAAAAUCCUUUCCAAACCCCUUCUUUUGGACAGCCGGGAAAAGGUUUCAACUCUUACUGAUAGUGUGGGGCAUUGCUGGUCCCAGGAGAUAAUUGACGCAAAUUUUCUUCCCAAUGAAGCGGCCAUAAUCAAGGAUUUGGCCGCUAAACAAUGA